AACAGGGCACAAUAUUUUACGACUUUGAUUAAAAGUCAGAUGUGCCACUUCCGGUAGGCACACAGAUGAGGAACGAAGGAUGGAUAAUUCUUUUUUGACAGAGGAAGAGAGAAGGAGAGUUGGUGCCUUUCAAGAAAAAGUAAAGAAGUAUAGAGGAGGUGGCCAGGACCUACUGCCAUGGAAUACAGCUGUCAAGUUUCUUAUGGCCAGGAAGUUUGAUUGUCAGAGGGCAUUAGAAUUAUAUAUCAAUCAUGAGGAGACAAGAAAUCGAGAAGAUCUGAGUGUCAUCCAGACAGGCGAUGAACAGCUGAAAAAAGAACUCUCCACGGAGAAAUUUACUAUUCUGAGUGGCAGAGACAGAAAUGGUGCAGCCAUUGCCUUAUUUACAGCCAGAAUCCAUCAACCUAGCCUCACCACCCACCAGCUGGUCCUGAAAGCCCUUGUCUAUCAGCUAGAUGCUGCAUUAGAAAGUAUUGAAACUCAGAGAAAUGGUUUGGUAUUUAUAUAUGACAUGACAGAUUCCAAGUACUCCAAUUUUGACUAUGAACUCAGCAAAAAAAUCCUCAACAUGCUAAAGGGUGGCUAUCCAGCUAGACUAAAGAAAGUCCUCAUUGUAACAGCCCCACUGUGGUUUAAGGCACCUUUUAAAAUUCUCCGACUUUUUGUGCGGGAAAAAUUACGAGACAGGGUUUAUACCAUAAACUUGUCCCAGCUUACACAGCAUAUACCUCAAGAAGCACUUCCCAGGCAGUUGGGGGGCAUGUCAUCCAGCCAACACAAAACAUGGCUACAGCUGUGCUCCCAACUAGCCCUCAAAGAGGAGGCAGAUAUGAACUCUUAUUUUGUGUCAUUUAAAAGAAACACAAUGGAGGAUGGACGUGAUUCUACUUGUCGCAGUGUGUCGAGUGACAUGUCAGAUCAUAACAUACUUCAUAGUGACAUUGAUUCUGAGGAGUCUAAAGAAACUGUGAAUGAGAAACAGAAUAAUGAGGACCUAGAAAAAGAGGAUUCCAGUGACGAAAAGGAGGUCAAUGAGGAGAAGGAUGAUUGGUCAAACUCAGCCCCAUCCAAACGGAGGCUUGAUUCUGUGAGUGAAAAUGACUCAGUAAAAAGAGCAGCUCAGGAGAACAAUGAGGAGAAUAAUUUUGAGGAGAAAUCCAUCGACAGUCCUCGUAAGAAGCGCCCCUCCUCCUCCACAUCCUCAAUGUCCAAUAACACGAUGGAGGAAAGUAUACACAUGCCUGAGGAAGAAGGCAUGGACUUGGACCAAUUAGUAGAAUAUACUCGCACCAUGAGGAGGCAUGGACUUAUGGAAGAGUAUGCCAGUAUUAAAAUGGAACCUCCAGCAGGGACAUUCACUUUAUCAAAAGCAAAGCACAAUCUUCCAAAAAACCGCUAUUCUGACGUAUUAUGUUUGGACCACUCUCGAGUCAUACUCCAAGUCCUGAACAAUGAUCCCAGCUCAGACUACAUUAAUGCUAACUUUGUUGAUGGUUAUAUGCACAAAAAUGCCUACAUAUCAACACAAGGUCCAUUACCAAAGACCUUUGGAGAUUUUUGGAGGAUGGUAUGGGAAAAUCAGGUCAUGGUCAUUGUUAUGACCACAAGGGCUGUGGAGCGUGGACGAGCUAAGUGUGGUCAGUAUUGGCCCCCAGAUGAAGACGCCGAGGAACAAUUUGAGGAUUACCUUGUAAUAAACACUCGUAUGGAGGUAUACCAGGACUACAAUAUAUCAUGGCUUUUCCUGCUUAAUACAAAGACAAAUGAAUCUCGGCAGAUUUACCACCUUCAGUUUACUUCCUGGCCCGACUAUGGGACCCCCAGCUCAGCUGCAGCGUUCUUGGAUUUUUUGUUCAAAGUGCGAGCCUGUCAGGAGGAGGCAGUCAGCUCCUUAGGGUCCAGCUGGCAGGGGCAUCCUCUGGGUCCUCCAAUUGUAGUACACUGUAGUGCUGGCAUUGGUAGAACAGGCACAUUCAUCACAACUGAUGUCAGUCUGCGUAGACUUGAACAUAUACAGACAGUCAACAUUAGAGACACAGUCCGCCGCAUAAGGUCACAGAGAGCCUUUAGUAUACAAAUGCCUGACCAGUAUGUGUUCUGUCACUUCGCCAUCAUUGAACAUGGCAUGAGAGAGGGCGUUAUAGGAGAUGUGGAUUGGACUGGGUUUGACGAUAGCGACAGUGACCUGAGUGAUUGAGGAGGGCAUUUCUAAUAAUGUGUCACAUCAUAUGGCAUGUCAUGUGAUAUCUCAUGUGAUUUGACAUUUCAUUUGGUAUAUCAUGUGAUCUGUGAUGAUCAUGUGAUCUGUGAUGCCAUGUGGUGCAGUUUUGUUAAUAUUUUCUCAGUUUUAAGUGAUUAGUGUAUUUAUGUUAUUUUUUAUUAGUUUACUUGGUAUUUUUUGUAGUACUUUUGUUACUUUUGUAUUAGCAGUGGAAAAAAAAGAUUGUUAUUUUUGUAUUAAAUCUUUUUUGGGUAGCUCAUCAUUGUUUUCAAAAGAAUCAAUUGCUAGUCCUUCAGUGGAAUUAACCAUUGGACAUAUUUACUUGUAUGUUUCUUUAAUUUAUAUGAUAAAAUUAAUUUAUAAGUGCAUCAUCAUUUUGUCCACAUCUUUAAAGGUGCCAAUUUUCUAUCAUUAAUACAAUAUUUGUCAACUAAGUUGACAUUUUCAUAGAUCUGAUGGUUUUGCUUUAUAGUGUUUGUACAAGGUAUCUUACACUUUUAACACUGUGUUACAGUGUAUAAUUGUGGAUAUCUCAGAAAAUCUACAUAUUAUGCUUUUCAUCAAUUAACGUUAAUUUUGUGUGAUGGAAGUGUAAAAAAAAAAAAUUAACAAAAACCAUCAUUUUGUUUACUGAUUUAUGGGGGGGGGAGGACCCAGAAAAACUGAAUAAAAUGGACAAAUUUACGAUGUCAGGUAUUAAAUGACAAGUUCACUUUUCUAAAAAUUAUUUACCUAUGUUGGCAAAGACUGUGAUUUUCUAGUUAUCGUCUAUAUUUAGCUGUUAAAUGAUUUUCAAAAGCUUUGCACUCUUCUUACCAAGUCUCAAUAAGGGACUAAUAGAAAAAAUUGUAUCCAAUCAUUAUUAUGAACAUAAUUAUUGCAUUUGUCAGAAUGUUUACUAAGACAUGCUGUAUGCUAAAUGAGGCUUAAUUUGUCAUGCUAAGAAAAAUAUUUCUUGUAAAUCUAAGAUUCUGAGUCUUAAAUUUCUUCGCAUAGUAACAGUGUUUCCUGUAUUGAAGUAUUACUUAGUAUACUAUUGUUCCAAAUGCCUAAUACACUCCAGCCUUGUUAAUCUAGAUACUUGUGUUCCCCAGCAAAUCAUCCCAGAUUAAUGAAGCUUCCGUAUUACUGAAAUGGACCUUUUAUAAUUGGUAAAUAUAAUUUUUAUUUUUUUCGAUGGGAAGGUGAAGCUUCUGGAUAAUUAGUGUCCGGAUUAAUGAGGCUCCACUGUAAUUGCCUUUGUAUUAAACAUGUAUAUUAAAUAUUAAUACAGUUACUCAUGUUAACUACAUACAUGUACCAGACUUGUAACCAGAUUAAUGGUGUCAUAACAGUAUUUGGUUGGAGGUUCAUGUCAAAACAUGGUCGAAAUAAUUCCUGAAUCUCCCCUACUGUUUCAGGCUUUUCUGCGUGAGACUUGGACUAAUUUUUUUUUAUAGGAUAAAAAAACUGUAUGUAAACUUUCUUAUUAUACCAGAUUUAUUAAAAUUUUGGCAUGCUGUAUUUGAGGGGAAUGAUUAGGCCCUGCACUUGAUUUUCAAGCACCUACUUAACUUUGGCCAAAGCAAAGUUGUGUGACUUGCUGGAUGGCUAUGUGUUUGUUUUGGGUACUAAAAUAUAUACAGAGAAUUGAUUUACAACAUUUGAAAAGGAAAACUCUCAAAGGUUUGUUUUUAAAUUAUACCACACACUCAAAGGUGUGCAUUUUUAUUAAGAAUAUAUAGCCGAAUUCAUUACUGUAGUGGCACCUAUUUGAUUCAAAUGUUUUAGUGUAUAUAUUGAUUAACAAUUACUGUCUUGUGAAAUCCAGUAAUAAUUAACAUUUUAACUUUCUCAUUUGAUAAACACCUGAAAGUCAAAUGUACAUGUCCAGGAAGAUAGUUUGGCUACAAAAAAAGUUAAUAAGACUAGUAUACAUAGUAAAGAGAAAACUGUAUAUGGAAAUCUGAAAAUAUAGAAUUCUCUAAAAGACAAUCAAAUAUGCUGUGUGCCUCCUUCAAAAGAACUUUUUAUAAAGGAAAAUUAGUUAUAAAGGUUUCUUUUAGUGCACAGAAAAAUCAUUUUGUUCACUAAGAAUGUGAGAAGGACUAAAAUUAUAUUGUUUAAGUUUUUUGAGUUUUGUAAGAAAUCUUGAUAAAUUUUGAUUUUUUCAUUGUGUACUUUUAAUGCAUGUAUGUAUAGAAUUAAAUUUCCCCUUUCAUAUUAUCGUGAUAUACAACAGGUAUUAGUGUGCUGAAAGAACUAUAUACGGUAAGGGCGUAUUCCUGCCCCCAUAUUAGUCAAAUUUUGAAAAACUCUUGAAAUGAGCAAAAGUGCAUAUAAAUGUAUAAAAUAAUCCAAAUUAAGAUAAUAUAUUAUAAAAUUGGAAAAAAUAGUUGGCUUUUCUCGUCUCUGUGACGUCACAAACUAUUUGGAUUUCCGUUAUUUUUAAAAUAGAGGCCAAAAUGCACAGAGUUUGUUCAAUUUUGACUAUAGUAUUUAUAGAGCGCAAGCUUGCUCAGGUACCAUAUUCACAUAUUUCAUUGAUAUUAUCAUUCUACACAUUAUAUCAAAAGAUCUAGUCUGAGCAGACCUGCGCUCGAUAAUUUCCAAUCAAAAUACCGACGUAAAAUACACUUUUCUCUCAAAAUUAUUGCAAUUUUGAAUUUACGUCAUUUUAUUGACGUCAUAUCUAACUAAUGAUGUCAUAAUUGAUAAAAAUAUUUAAUGCUUUGAAGUCUGCAAAAAUCCACCUGGUUUAGAACAUAAUUAAAGAUUUCUCCAUCAAAGUUUUAUUUCGGGGGCAGAUACUGGCCACUACAGAAUAUAGUCCUUUGUAGUCAGUGUUUCUUUUCAGAAUAAUACAAAUACAAUCAUGCAUGUGGAGAUCAAUAAUUAAAUAUGCAAGUUUUAUAAACAUUAGCAUUAAAAUAUAAGCCUCAAGGCUUAAUUAAAGGAAAACAAUAACUGGUCAACUAGGGUACAUAACCAGUAAACUGGUCUAAACCACUCUUCUCUCUAAAUGCUAUUUUUUCCAAACUCUGUACAGCUUAAAUGUGUAAACUUGGACAUGUAUAAUUUAUGUCAGAAGAAAAAUUAGACUUCCUACUGGUGUUUAGUGGAUAUAAGAGACAUGGAUUUCUACUGGUUUUAGUGGAUAAAAGCUAGGGAAAUGGGUUCCUACUGAUUGAAGUGGAUACAAGGGAAAUGGUGGAUAGAAUUUUUGGGGGGGUUAAAUUUAUUUGAUUUUCAAAGAACAUGUUAAAGUAAGAGUAUAAAAAAGUUAAAGGAGAUGCACAGUAUAAGGUGACAGUCCAACAUUUUUCAAUAUUCUCUAAACUGAUUCCAUAUGAAUUAGAUUUUUACCACUGGGGGCUCUAAAUUGCAGAAAUUCUUAUAUUUUGUCUUUGAAAAUCUUCAUACAUUGGAUGUGUCACCAAAUCAAAUAUUCCUCAUUUUAUUUCAUUUUUUAUCCAAAGACAUGUAAGUCCCUUAAAUAAAAGAUAACAUUUUGACUUUGUUUAGUAAAUAGAAAAGUGGGUUUUCUAUUUCCAUUUUUAUUAAUUGAAAAAUUUAAUUAUUGAUUUUCAAACAUUGAUUUUUAUAAAAGUCUGCAUAGAGUGAUAGACUUCUUCAGAAAUGUACAGUGAAGGUUUUGAGAUACGUGUAACUGAAUAUUUUCUCUAAGUUUUCUCGUAUAUUGGUAUGAACUUAGUGGUAGUAUUAAAACAAAUUAAGAAAGCAAAGCUUUGCAUUAAAACUAUAAUCCUGAUGUUUUCCGAGUGUAUCUGCAUGAACCUAUAGGGAGUUAAAUUUACAUUCCAACUUUUUAUUUUAUUAAUCUGUACAAAUUAUUGGUAUUUUGAUUUUUUUUAUAAUAAUAUCAAACAUAUUAUUAAAAUAUAGCCUUAAAAAAAUUUCCCCCCCAAAAUUAUUAUUUAAAAUCAUACUCUUGAGUAUAUCUACCACCAAAACUUGGUCAGAAAUGUCAUUUAAUAAGUAAAAAUGUAUAAUACAUGUACAUAAUUAUGGUUUUCAAUGUUAUUUGCAUCUCAUUUUAAAAUUUUUAUUAAUGAACAAAAAUAAAGCCAUGUAAUUUUAAUCCAGUUUCAAAGGUUAUUCAAAUUAAAUACAAAUUAGAAUUAAAAAUUAAUUUUUAAAUUUUCAAAAAGUGAAGUUUGAUAUGGGCCAGUAGUACACGUUGUGUUGUAAUUGUCGUCGUGUUUUAAUUCUGUGACUGUGUUAAUUAUUAAUCACCAUGUCUAUCAAUAUUGUCAUUUCAUGAUACAUGUAAAAGAAUAAAGUAAUAAAAUACAGUAUUCCA